AUGGUGCAGACCGGGUUCAAUGGACUCAUCGCUCUAAUUGUCGAAUGCUUUUUUGCCCGACGGGUCUAUAUAUGUGCGGUCUUCAACAGCGAAGCCAAGCACCACGCUCACAGUUUGCCAGUUUCGAAGAACACUUUUAUAGCUGCGAUCAUUGUGACCCUCUCGUGCUUUCAUUUUAUUUUUACCCUCAAAAGUCUCAGAUUGGGAUCCAUGGGAGAAUUCCAGCAGUUGAUUUGGGUCACCAGUGCAGGAAAUGGAAGCUUGGCGGCAGCGGAUAUUCUCAUUGCCGCCUCCUUGUGCUUUUAUCUGUACAGAAGCCGGACGGGCUAUGAGAGCGUGGCGACGGGUCUAGUCUCAAGCUUGAUUGGCAUUGGGACAGUAAUCACGGCGGAAAAUGUUGAACUACCGCGGUUCACAUCGGGGGCUAUCAUCAAGCAAAUCGUUCACGUGUCUUUCACCCUCCCAAGUGGCUUCAACAAGGAGCGUUCAGGUUCCUCCUCCAACUCUAGCCGCGAGAUGGGGAAGGCUACUAUCUCCUGCGCCACUCAAGGUCAACAUUCAGACGUCCACUAUUACAAAAACAGAAGACGGCGUUAUAUCUUGAUUUUAGUGAGAUUUUUAGCCGAUCGAAAGCGCGUCUUCGGACCGGCCGUUGUUUUCUGCAGUGUAGUUUAUGUCCGCAUGGAAGCGCCUGAGAACGCGUUCAACUCUGCGAGCAACUCUUGGACCCAUUUGACAUUUUCCAUCGCUAUCACCAUGUCGGUCAAUCUCCUCAGGAAUGCUCUUCUCGACGGGCUGAAGGAUCUUCCUGGUACCCGGGAAUUCCAUGUCCAUGUGCUCGUUUCUUCGCCCAGGAAACACGCUGACUUGUACCCUUAUGCGCUCCCUAGACCGCGGUCGUAUUUGCAGGACAUUCUCAUUCUUCUAUCAGAGCAGAAAACUCCGGAUUUGCAGCGAAUUAUGGUCUCUGGCAUUGAGGCCUGUGUGUAUAAUAUACCUACCACAUCAUGCGCCAUUCUCUACGUGUCCAAGGUGGAUUCCACUGGGCAGGCGUAUUCACCGUCUCCGACAUCUGCGCUAGUCCGCUCACUGCUUCUAUUUUAUGCUGACCCUGCCACCAGGCCCAUUGAAGCGCAGCAUCUGUGGAUUCAUCUUUUUGCCCGUGCCCAGAAUCAAUACCUCUUUCCCAACUCUUCAGAGUUUGUGGGGAAACGCCCACUGAGUGACGUGCGACUGUGUGGUUGGUGGAAGGGUAUCUUUACCGGUGUGGCCACAGAACUUGACGCUCGUUCCCAAUCUAAAGCUGUCAUUAGAUUGAACUAUGUGCUUCCCGGGUACUCGGAACUUGAGGCAGAGAAUUCCUUGAAGGCCACGUCGCCAUCUUCCUCCCCAUCGUCUCCACCACACCUUCUGCGUUGGACAUAUGGUCAUCCAUAUUCUCAGCAAGACAUUCCAUUACCUUGUCCGAAGAGCGAAGUUAUGAAUUUGGGUCACUACAUACCAUGGUUCGAUGAUGAUCCAAAGUCCCGUUUCAUCGAUGAGAUCGCGUAUACUACCGAGAACGGGCGAGUUAAAUCCCCAGCACGAAAACGUACACGUACCAACUCUCGUUUGGACUCGGCAAAAAAGCAAUCAGAGGAGGACGGGGAAGACGUCCAGACGUCGGCAAAAAAGGACGAUAGAAAGGACGAGCGUCCAUCGGGAGAGCUGGGAAUUGUAUCACCAGAUGAAUUCUGGGAGCGCAUGUCUUUUCGUCAAGAAUGCGUAGCCGGCGCCGUCACCGGGUUCUUCACUCUCGGAGUAACAUUCCCCCAUCCAGCAUCGUCAAACUUUUCAAUGCAUUCUUCCAUCUCCCCACUUGCUCCUCAACCAGGGCAAGUUUCGUCGCAAAUCAAUAAAAGAAUUAUGACGUCGUUGCAUACUGCAGUUGACUUCUCAUCGACUGAUUUUGCAACCCGAGCCACGGAAUCUUUGGAGGGUGCCAUACGGGGCCUGUGCGAAGGCAUCUCUUCUAUUCCUACGCCUAUCAUUCAAGUGCCUCGUCCCAUACGUGCAACUGAUCGUUCCAAAUCCGAGAGACGCACCCCGGAGCCGUCUUCGUUAUUGGCGCCUCCUCCACCAUCCACCCCGCCUCCUCGGAUGGCAAAUGGGACAAGAAUCGUGCCAGAUAUCUCUCCGAAUCCCUUUCCAGAACCCGAGCCGUCUCUCGAAACGUACAAUUCACAUAUUUAUGGGUCAAUGUGUGUCAGCAACCCAGACAGACCUUCGAAGAAGGCAGAGGCCGCGGCGGGUGUCAAACAGGGUGCCGGAAAUUUGGCCGAUGCACCACAAGUGACGGUUUUGACGGUACGGAAGAAAAAGAAACGGACCGAAUAA